CUGGUAUUUCAUGAAACAUGUUCAUCAGGCUGUCGUGUAUUCUUCUUUUCGUUGUACUCCGUGCAAAUGGUACUCUUGAUUCGGAGAGCGAUAAAUAUCUAAGAUUUCCAACGAAUUUUACCUUGGGAGCAGCGACAUCCGCAUACCAAAUAGAAGGAGCUUGGAAUGUUAGCGAUAAAGGAGAAAGUGUUUGGGAUCGAUUCAGUCAUCGAUACGAUGGCCGUAUUGUCGCCAAUGUCACAGGUGACGUCGCCACGGAUUCUUAUUACAAGUACAAGGAAGACGUAGCCUUACUAAAGCAACUCGGGUUAGACUCGUACAGAUUUUCCGUGAGCUGGCCACGAAUAUUGCCAACAGGAUUCGCGAAUUACAUUAGCCAGGAUGGCGUUCGUUAUUACCACAAUCUGAUCGACGAGUUAUUGGCGAAUGAAAUCGAGCCGCUCAUGACACUUUAUCACUGGGAUCACCCUCAAGUUCUCGAAGAUGCUGGUGGCUGGCUGAAUUCGGAAAUGGUCAACUGGUUCGGCGAUUAUGCCAGAAUCUUGUACAGAGAGUACGGAGAUAAGGUGAAGCGGUUCAUACCUAUAAACGAGCCCGCUGGUUUAUGCACGUCCGGCUACUCUGUGGGCGUUCAUGCUCCUGGGAAAAAACUGAAUGGCAUCGGGGAGUAUCUUUGCAUUCACAAUAUAUUAAAAGCGCAUGCAAGAGCUUAUAGAAUAUACGAGCAAGAGUUCAAGCAGACCCAAAAAGGCCAAGUCGGAUUCAUGCUGAAUUCGCAGAGUUACAUGGCCAAAAAUCCAAACGACGAAUCGUCCCCAGAGAUCGCGUUCCAGUUCUACGCUGGCUGGACUAUGCAUCCGGUUUACUCCGAGAAGGGUGACUAUCCGGAACUCGUGAAGAGCAUGGUGGCCGCAAAGAGCAGGGAACAGGGUUACCCGCGAUCACGUUUGCCAGUGUUUGAGCCCGAGUGGAUCGAUUACAUACGGGGAACCUCGGACUUCCUGGCGUUAAAUCACUAUAGCUCGUAUCUGAUUGAACCCGGACAGGAUAAACGAGUGCCGUCUCAUGCUCACGAUACAGGUUUAAUAAAAAGCCACGACAAGUCCUGGAAGUCUGGAGCCUCCGUGUGGAUGAAGGUUGUACCCGAGGGUUUCCGAUACCUGCUUCGUCAAUUGGCAACGAAAUAUGGAAAUCCACCGAUUUACAUCACCGAAAAUGGUUACUCCGACUUUUCAACCAUCGACGACACCGACAGGAUCCAUUACUUUCGCGAAUACUUGAAAACGAUGCUUCUCGCCAUGUACGUCGAUGGCGUCAACGUGCGAGGAUACUAUCUAUGGUCGCUUCUAGAUAAUUUCGAGUGGCAUGUAGGGUACAGGGAACGUUUUGGCAUCGUGCACGUUGAUUUCGACAAUCCGAGCAGACCGCGGACUUGGAAGACGUCUGCUUUCUGGUGGCAGAAUCUCACAGCCACUAGGAAACUAGACCACACCUGAAUCGUCGCGAAACCUCGGAUACGGAUUGUCUUUCCAGAAUAAAAAAUUGUCUCGAUCAAGUUUCA